AUGAAUGAUAAAUUAUCCAAAGCAUUACAAUUAAACGGAGUGCUGUAGAAACGUAGUCCCAGCAUGAUGAAAGGGAUAGUAUCUUAUAUAUUGGAAGAAGAAGCCCCUUUCUUCUAAAGAUAAGCCCCAAGGUACUCGCAUGCAGGAAAUUAAGGUGUCCUUAGUUUGACUUCCAUUUCCACAGUUGCCAAUGUUAAGGGAUCCGAUACAGAAUUCAUUUUGGUGGUCGGCGAUCGUUAGUUCUAAUUAAAAGCAGAGACUGCUUCCCAACGAGAAUUUUGGGUUGAAAGCAUUUUGUAUCUGAAGGAAUAUCGCAAACAAUUAGAAGGCGAUAAUGAACCUAUUCAAUAGAAGGUUAAAUGGGAUGAGCUGGACAAAGAAACAAUAACAAAAAUAAAAUUGGAAGUGGAGAAAGAUCAUCUGGAUAGAAUCUCAAAUAAGAUUGACAUAAAAAAUGAUGAAGUCAUGAAAUGCAAAGGCAUAUAUCCAUAUCUGAUAAAAUUUGAUGCCAAAACCCAAGACUAGUUCAUAAUUUGUGGAUUUUUGAUGAAGAAAGGCAAGAAUACCACAUUCACCAGAGCUAAGAAAAGAUGGUUCAUAAUGAUCUCAUCAGUUUGCAUUACAGGAUAGGAAACGGAUAAAGUCGGUCCUACUUAGGCAGACAUCCCUGACACUUUUCAAUUAGACACUAUAUACUAUUUUGCAUAUGAUGACAGAGGAGACAAAAGCAAUUUCAUCGCAAGAAUCCCUAUUUCUGAACUUGAAAAUAUAUAAUAUAUUGACAAGACAUCAGGAUAAUUGCCCUAUGGAUUAAGUUUUGAAUACAACGAAAGAGUUUAUUAAUUCUUUUCAGAAUAACUUACAGAUAUCUAAAAGUGGAUUUUGGCUAUUUAAUGUGUCAAAAAGAAACCUAAGACUAGUUUGAAGAACUCAUAACAUUUGGAAAAGAAAGAAGAAAUCGUUUUCGAAGGACCACUCCAAAAAUAAUCAAGCAAAAUUAUUAAAGGACCUUUGUCUUGGAUAAAUGUUAAUGCUUAGUUAAAAAAGAACUCUCUUAGUUGGACAGCUAAAGAUGAUUCUUAAGGAAAUUAAUACGUUUUGCUGAUUUACAUUAAACAGGUAGUUGGUAAGAGUAGAUCUUUUUAAAUCUUCACAAAUGAUGAUCAAGAGUUUAAGUUUAAGGCUUAGACUCCAGAAUAAAAGGAUCAGUGGGUCAAGAUCAUUAAGGAAUAAGUGGAUGUCUUAAAAGGAAGUAUAUAGAAUUUGGAAGAAAUAUUGGAAUUACCCCCAGAAGAAGCAACCAAGAUUGAUUAUAAUGAAUAAAUUAAAGAUGAGGAUCUAUAUGAUUAGGAAACUAUAACUGAAAAGUUUUACAAUAAAAUGACUCUUCAAAUUGAGAAGAGUAAGUAGGAAGAAAAACUCAAGAGCAAAUCAUUCUUCUCUAAACUCCUUUGCUGUUUUGGCGGUGGUGAAAGUGAAUAUGAUUAUGUCAAAGAUAGAGGAUUUUGA